CUCCCCAGCUGGCAGUUCCCUCUCUUUGGAAUGAAGGAUAAAAGUCAGAAAACAACUGAAGAUCCUUAAGGAAAUGAGAUUGCCUAGAAGUGGGAUGAAAACAGAAGGGAAGGUGGAGUCAGACCAUCCAGGAUAAGGCUCUCAUUCCUGGAUUUUUGAAGGAAAGGGAAUUAGGCGAACUAGUUACCAGGACAACCUGCUGUUGGGGCAAGGAAAUGGGAGAUCUGUGGUUGCUCCUGCUCUUGCCCCUGUGUCUGGUAGCCUUCCAUGGAGUCAAAGGCUGCUUGGAAUGUGACCCCAAAUUCAUAGAGGAUAUUAAGUCUUUGCUGGUAAAGCUAGUACCCUCAGAAGUCCCUGGCCAAGCUCAUCUUCUUGAACGUCAGAUUAAGGAGAUGAUCCGUUUAAGCUUCAAGGUCUCCCACAGGGACAAGAUGCUUCGAGUGCUGGCUGUUCAAAAGGUUGUCAAUUUGAGAACAUGGCUGAAGAAUGAACUUUAUAAACUGGGCAAUGAACCAUGGAAAGGUGCCUUUAUCCUUCAAGGCAAGCUUCUUGAAGUUCGCCGAACCCUGGAAUCCAAGCUGGAAGAAAUGUUAAAGAAUUUCUCUGAAGUUGCUUGUUCUGAAGAUUGUGUCGUGACUGAAGGUCCUAUCCUGGAUUGUUGGACUUGUCUUCGCAUCACCACCCGGUGCUUCAAAGGAGAGUAUUGUGCAGAAGAGGAUCCGAGGAAGGCUGAGAAUCGAGAGAUUGCACUAUUUCUGAUAUUGCUAGCAGAAGGUGUAAUACUGGGAGGUGCUUUGUUACUAUUCCAUUUUUGUAUCUCUCAUCGGAGGAAAAUGAAGGCAAUAAGAAGGUCAUUAAAGAAAUACUUGGAGAAGAAACUUGAAGAGUUAAUGGGGACAAUAAAUGAGAGGGAGAAAAAAUUGGAAUCAGACAAUAAAUACAGAGACACAUCCAGGAGUUCAUAAUUCUCUUAAGUGUUGGUUCAGAGUAGAAAACCAGGAGUUAAGCUCUUCUGCAGUCAUGAAGUCAUAGUGUUCUAAAACUGAAGUUAGAUUUUCCCUAGUAAAGAUCCUUACUGAUAUCCUAAGGUAAUGGAAGCAAAGAAUUUACUUGAAGUGUACAGAAAGCAAUGCUGGUAUGUUGCAAUGCACAUAAAAGGUUACAUGCUGCAUGAUAAUAAAGAAUGCCUGGUUGGUAA